AUAUACCCACCAAAUCAUCAUUCAAUUUAUGAACCCCUUUCUCAAUUUUAUUCAUUUUUACCAUUCCAAAUCAUUCAACAAAUUAAUUAGAGAUUGAUCAUAUCCAACAAGAAAAAUGAUGAUGAUGAUCAUGGAUCCAAACAAGAUUAAUACAACCAUCACUUCUCAGCCUCCUCAAGAUCACACGACCAACUCCGACGAUUUCCCGACGUCGCCGAUGCCGGGUUUCCGGUUCCAUCCAACCGAUGAAGAGCUCAUCGCGUUCUACCUCAAAAGAAAGCUUCAGCUCAAACCCCUCCCCGUCGACCUCAUUAGGCAGGUCGACAUCUACAAGUACGAUCCAUGGGACCUUCCGAAAUUGGCCUCGACAACAACAGGGGAGAAGGAAUGGUACUUCUACUGUCCGAGGGACCGGAAAUACCGAAACAGCACGAGGCCUAAUCGGGUCACUGGAUCGGGCUUCUGGAAGGCCACCGGCACCGAUAGGCCUAUUUACUCCUCCGACGGGACUAAAUGCAUCGGCCUAAAGAAGUCGUUGGUGUUCUACCGCGGCCGGGCUGCCAAAGGUGCCAAAACCGAUUGGAUGAUGCACGAGUUCCGGCUCCCUUCUGCGCCGGACCGAUCCCUGCCGCCACUGCCAACAUCAACAACAGCAACCACUGACAAAAAAUCGAUCAAUAGGAACCAUCUUCCGUCAACGGAUUCAUGGGCCAUUUGUCGGAUUUUCAAGAAGACGGCGGCAGCCGCCGCCUCCAGGGCGGCGGUGCUUUCCCAAUCUUGGCAGGCCCUGUCGUCUUCAUCGGCCCCACCACUCGAUGGUUGUUACUACAGUAACUUGGUCGAAUCAGAAACGAUGAUCCACUCGAAUUGCUACUCAUCAUCGGAUCUUCCUUCAUCGUUCAAAUCCAAUGCUGCAGAUUGCUUCCCGGAUAACCUCGGAUUUCCCCAAGGCUCAGAUUCAGAGACGACCGUUAAAAUUGGUGCAGCAGGUGACCUAACCUCCAUGCUUUUCUGCCAAUCUGCAGCCAUGGAUUCUUCCAAUUACAGAUUGCAGACUGCUGCUGACAUAAACAUGCCGGACGACGAAGAAGGUAUCAAUAUGAUCCGACAGAUGGGAUUCCCUUUCAGCUUGGCUGCAACAACAGCUGCACAAGGACAAGGACAAGAUUCAUGGGAUUAUUCUCUACCUCCAUAUCCUACUGAGAUUUCAUCCUCUAACCACUCUACCAACAACUAACUGCUAUACAUAAAUUAAUUUUUCUUGCCAUGUAACGUAAUGUACAGUUAA